AUGAUACAGAUUAAAUUAGCUGAAAUUGUGAGAAUAUUAAGUUGUAUUUAUAUAAUUACAACUUUGUUCUCAAUAAACAUUGCUCAAUCAUAUUCCCUCGAAGAUUUCGAUAAUAAAUAUGAGCAGCGUGAUGCAUCAGUUUUGUAUAUACGACAAUUAUUAAAACGUCUUCGAUUCAAUGACGAUGACAAUUUACGAUGGAGACAAAGAACGGAUGCUACACCAAAGAAGUGCAAAGAAAUAAAAUCAGGCUUAUAUUAUAGUGGUAAUACUGGACCAUCCAUAGAUAAUCUUAAUACAUAUCAAGAUUGUAUGAAUGUGUGUGAAAAUGAUAAUAAGUGCUAUGGAUGGUCAUUUAAAAACUCCACCAAAACUUGUUUGAUUCAAACAUCGCUGGCUAUAUUAUAUACUGAUCAAACAAUGAUGGGUGGAUCUUGUCUUACUCCAGCUGCAAAGGAAACGCACUGCCAGGAAGUAUUAUCAGGCACUUCUUACUAUGGUAAUAACGGUGCAACAAUAAAGAAAGUGGCUACAACUCAAGAUUGCAUGAGUCAAUGUGAUGCAUCAGCAACAUGCAUGGCAUGGUCAUAUCGAGCGUCUGGUAAAAUCUGUCAGCUGAUGACUGCAAUAUAUAUCCCGAUGGAUGAUGCACAGUCUACAAGUGGUUCUUGUAUUAAAAAACAAGCACCAUAUCCACCAAUAAGUAUCGACACUUAUAGACAACAAUCACUAGAUGAACAUAAUAUUUUACGUAAAAAACAUUGUGUACCUCCUCUAGUAUUAGACCCAGCAUUGAAUGAUAUAGCACAAAAAUAUGCACAGAAAUUAGCUGACACUCAUAUAUUUGCACAUAGUGGAAAUACAUUCAAUGAUGAAUGGAUGGGAGAAAAUUUAUAUAUGUCAGGUGGUAGCUCAUUAAUGUAUGAGAAAGGUGCAAAGCCAGCUGACGCUUGGUACGGUGAAAUCAAAGAUUAUGAUUGGACAAAUCCUGGCUUUGGAAUGAAUACUGGACAUUUCACACAAUUAGUUUGGAAAGAUACAACUAGAGCAGGUUUUGGCAGAGCAGUGACAAGCGAUAAUCGCACCUUGUAUGUGGUUGGCAAUUACUUUCCAGGUGGAAAUAUAGAAGAAGCAUUUGAAGACAAUGUCUUACCAUUAUGUUGA